GUCACAGCCAGGCAACCACCAGCACCUCUAUCUGCGCCACAUCUCUGACCAGUCCAUCACGCCUGUCAACGACACCAAACACUUCAUGGUGGGGGCCUACAAGGAACAUCGUGUGACGGGAUGCUCCGUACGCAUCAUCAGUAUCUUCAGACGAGACUCUGUCCAGCCUCUGUACUGUGUGUUCUACUGUGGGACUCACUGGGCUAAUGGAAUGAAGGCUGAAGUCCAGAUGCACUCUGACCACUUUGGUACCUGCAAUUUGCUAUUUGGUUUUAGCCCUGCACUGACACACCUGAAUCAACACCUGAAUUAAUGAAAUAAGGGGCUUGGUGAUUCGCUGAUUAGUUUGUUGAUUUAGAUUUCCCUAUACUGUAAUAUAUGUGUCCCUGUUCUGUAUUGGGAUAAAGGUUUCCCCUUCGUGACGACCGACGUCCUUUGUCCGAAUCUUCCCGACUGCAACCCGUCACACGUGACCCUCGCCACACAAGCUGACGCCAAGCUCGCUCAGAACCAAUCCUUCCUCCGCAUCCAGAACCUUGUGAAAAAGGAGGAAGAGGAGUUUCAGUUCAACUUCACUGUCUGUUGGUCCAAUUUAUUUGGUGAUUAUAACAACGUGCUUCAGGUCACCCAGACUCUGGAGAUGUACAAGUGGGUAUUGAUUGAGUGAUUGGUUAAUUGAUUGAUCAAUUGAUCAAUUGGUUGAUUAAUUGAUUGCUAUAUUGCAGGUUGUUGGGAGUGCAGCAUGUUGUGGUGUAUAACACCAGCUGUGGACCAGACCUGGAGAGACUGCUACAGAUUUAUACACAGGAGGGCUUUGUGGAGGUAGGAAUUGAUUGAUUUGAUGGAUGGAUAGAUAGAUAAGAUUAAUUAAUUGACUUAUUGAUUGACUGCAGGUGGUGCCCUGGCCUAUCGACCAACACAUGAGCCCGUCCCGUGGGUGGCAACCCAGUGAACAUGGAGGGGACAUCCACUACUACGGCCAGUUGACCACACUGAAUGACUGUGUCUACAGACAUAUGUAUCAGUCACGCUAUGUACUGCUGAACGACAUAGAUGAGAUUAUAACUCCAUACCAGCAUCAAACCCUGCCCCAGAUGAUGGAUGUACUUCAGAGGCAACACCCAAAGGUAGGGGGAGGACUCAGGGAAGUAGUGUGUAUGUGUGUUAAGGAAGAUCAUUAUGUGUGUGGUGUGCAUGUUAGGCUGUGUUUACACAGGCAUCCCAAUUCAGAUUAUUUGGCAUAUCUGAUUCAAAAUCCAAUAAUGUGUAAACAUUCAUGUUCUGGUCUUUGGUGUUUUGUUUUUGGUUUUUAAUAGUUUUUUGGGCCAAUCACAUCAAUCUUCUCACAUCAGAUAUUUUUUAGAACUGAACUGAUUGGUCAAAGACCAAUACUGAAAAUUCAUAACUGGGACAGCAUGUGUAAAUGACCACUUCUUUUGAAUUGAACCUCCUCUGUUAAGGAAUAGCCAUGGAUAGUCUAAUAGUUUUGUUCUGACCCACAUCCGUCUGUGGUUCCAUCCUAAGUUGAUAUGCACCAUUUGUAAGUCACUCUGGAUAAGAGCGUCUGCUAAAUGACUUAAAUGUAAAUGUACAUUAAUUUACUUCAAAGUGUUUCCUUUCAAAUGGUAUCAAGAAUAUGCAUAUCCUUGCUUCAGGUCCUGAGCUACAGGCAGUUAGAUUUUGGUAUGUCAUUUUAGGCGAAAAUUUUAAAAAAGGGUCCGAUCCUUAAGAGGUUAAACAGGCAGCCCAAUUCUGAAUUUUUGCCCAAUUAUGGGCAAAAGAGCUGACCUGAUUGGUCAAAAGACCAAUUUGUGGGGAAAAAGGAUCAGAAUUGGGUUGCCUGUGUAAACGCAGCCAGAGAGCAAGUGCGACUACGUUACAUUUACAUUUUAGUCAUUUAGCAGACACUCUUAUCCAGAGCGACUUACAGUUAGCACAUACAUUAUUUUAUCGAACCCACAACCCUGGCGUUGCAAACGCCAUGCUCUACCAACUGAGCUACAUCCCCUGCCGGCCAUUCCCUCCCCUACCCUGGACGACGCUGGGCCAAUUGUGCGCCGCCCCAUGGGUCUCCCGGUCGCGGCCGGCUACGACAGAGCCUGGAUUCGAACCAGGAUCUCUAGUGGCACAGCUAGCCUUAGACCACUGCGCCACUCGUUAUUAACUUUCCCUUCUCUUCAAAGGUCACCUCACUCUCCACCUACCGUCCCAGGUCUGGCUCAUGAUGGUGAAGAGGCGUAUGUUCCCUCUACUGAUAGCUUCUGCUCUGGUAGUCAUGGUCUUCGUCAUCUUCACAUUGUCCAGGUACCGUGAAGACUAUGCCGUACGAUCAAGAAAACAUAAUAAAAGUGGCAAAAGGAAAAAAAUUGUCUUGGACACACAUUUCUGCUGUAGAAAUACAACAUCUGUCCAUGAUUCCUCAGGUCACAGCCAGGCAACCACCAGCACCUCUAUCUGCGCCACAUCUCUGACCAGUCCAUCACGCCUGUCAACGACACCAAACACUUCAUGGUGGGGGCCUACAAGGAACAUCGUGUGACGGGAUGCUCCGUACGCAUCAUCAGUAUCUUCAGACGAGACUCUGUCCAGCCUCUGUACUGUGUGUUCUACUGUGGGACUCACUGGGCUAAUGGAAUGAAGGCUGAAGUCCAGAUGCACUCUGACCACUUUGGUACCUGCAAUUUGCUAUUUGGUUUUAGCCCUGCACUGACACACCUGAAUCAACACCUGAAUUAAUGAAAUAAGGGGCUUGGUGAUUCGCUGAUUAGUUUGUUGAUUUAGAUUUCCCUAUACUGUAAUAUAUGUGUCCCUGUUCUGUAUUGGGAUAAAGGUUUCCCCUUCGUGACGACCGACGUCCUUUGUCCGAAUCUUCCCGACUGCAACCCGUCACACGUGACCCUCGCCACACAAGCUGACGCCAAGCUCGCUCAGAACCAAUCCUUCCUCCGCAUCCAGAACCUUGUGAAAAAGGAGGAAGAGGAGUUUCAGUUCAACUUCACUGUCUGUUGGUCCAAUUUAUUUGGUGAUUAUAACAACGUGCUUCAGGUCACCCAGACUCUGGAGAUGUACAAGUGGGUAUUGAUUGAGUGAUUGGUUAAUUGAUUGAUCAAUUGAUCAAUUGGUUGAUUAAUUGAUUGCUAUAUUGCAGGUUGUUGGGAGUGCAGCAUGUUGUGGUGUAUAACACCAGCUGUGGACCAGACCUGGAGAGACUGCUACAGAUUUAUACACAGGAGGGCUUUGUGGAGGUAGGAAUUGAUUGAUUUGAUGGAUGGAUAGAUAGAUAAGAUUAAUUAAUUGACUUAUUGAUUGACUGCAGGUGGUGCCCUGGCCUAUCGACCAACACAUGAGCCCGUCCCGUGGGUGGCAACCCAGUGAACAUGGAGGGGACAUCCACUACUACGGCCAGUUGACCACACUGAAUGACUGUGUCUACAGACAUAUGUAUCAGUCACGCUAUGUACUGCUGAACGACAUAGAUGAGAUUAUAACUCCAUACCAGCAUCAAACCCUGCCCCAGAUGAUGGAUGUACUUCAGAGGCAACACCCAAAGGUAGGGGGAGGACUCAGGGAAGUAGUGUGUAUGUGUGUUAAGGAAGAUCAUUAUGUGUGUGGUGUGCAUGUUAGGCUGUGUUUACACAGGCAUCCCAAUUCAGAUUAUUUGGCAUAUCUGAUUCAAAUCCAAUAAUGUGUAAACAUUCAUGUCUGGUCUUUGGUGUUUUUGGUUUUUAAUAGUUUUUUGGGCCAAUCACAUCAGAUCUUCUCACAUCAGAUAUUUUUUAGAACUGAACUGAUUGGUCAAAAGACCAAUUACUGAAAAAAUAUCAUAAUUGGGCUGCAUGUGUAAAAGCAGCCAUGGAAUCUUAUCUUUUGAGUUCUGAUACCACAUCCGUCUGUGGUUCUCAUCCUCAGUCUGGAUAUUGAGAUCAGAAUUGUUGUGCUCUGAAGUGUUUGUUUUUGCACAUGACCUACCAUUACCAAGAUAACCACCCCAACAUUUAAAGAAACAGUGACAAGAAAUUUGACAUUUUAGUCAUUUAGCAUAAGCUGUUAUCCAGAGCGACAUACAAUUAGUGAGUGCAUACAUUUUUCAUACAUUGAAUGAGGAUUGUGUUUGUGUGCUAUUUCAUAUGCUACAUCAGUGUGAAUAUGCUAAUCUGAUAUGGGUCAAAACGCAAUAAAAGUGUGGAAAGUGAGAAAAAUAGAUUGGAUAUGAAGGAAAAAAAUCUGAAUUCAUUCUCUCUCUCUUUCGCCUUCUCUCACUCCACCCGCAUCUCCCCAGGCCGAAGUGUUCCUCAUAGAGAACCACAUCUUCCCUAAGUCCCAGUUUGAGCCCAGUGGAAGGUUUAAACGGCCCCGCUGGAGGAAUGUUCCAGGGAUCAACAUCAUGGAGCACAUCUACAGAGAGGAGCCAGACUAUCGCAUCGACCACCCCUCCAAGAUGAUAGUACGGCCCAGGUUAGAAUCUACCACUCCUCCAAGAUGAUAGUACAGCCCAGUUUAGAACCAACUUUUCUUUUUUCACCUUUAUUUAACCAGGUAAGCCAGUUGAGAACAAGUUCUCAUUUACAACUGCGACCUGGCCAAGAUAAAGCAAAGCAGUGCGAUAAAAACAACAACACAGAGUUACAUAUGGGGUAAACAAAACAUAAAGUCAAAAAUACAACAGAAAAUAUAUAUACAGUGUUUGCGAAUGUAGUAAGUUAUGGAGGUAAGGCAAUAAAUAGGCCAUAGUGCAAAAUAGUUACAAUUUCGUAUAAUACUGGAAUGAUAGAUGUGUAAAAGAUGAUGUGCAAAUAGAGAUACUGGGGUGCAAAUGAGCAAAAUAAAUAACAAUAUGGGGAUGAGGUAGUUGGGUGGGCUAAUUUCAGAGAGGCUGUGUACAGGUGCAGUGAUCGGUAAGCUGCUCUGACAACUGACGCUUAACGUUAGUGAGGGAGAUAAGAGUCUCCAGCUUCAGAGAUUUUUGCAGAUCGUUCCAGUCAUUGGCAGCAGAGAACUGGAAGGAAUGGUGGCCAAAGGAGGUGUUGGCUUUGGGGAUGACCAGUGAGAUAUACCUGCUGGAACGCAGACUACGGGUGGGUGUUGCUAUGGUGACCAGUGAGCUAAGAUAAGACGGGGGUUUGGCGACGAAUAUGUAGUGAGGGCCAGCCAACAAGAGCGUACAGGUCACAAAGGUGGGUAUUAUAUGGGGCUUUGGUGACAAAAUGGAUGGCACUGUGAUAGACUACAUCCAAUUUGCUGAGUAGGGUGUUGGAGGCUAUUUUGUAAAUGACAUCGCCGAAGUCAAAGAUCGGUAGGAUAGUCAGUUUUACGAGGAUACCAUAUUCGUCUAGGACUACCCCUCCAAGAUGAUAGUAUUGCCCAGAGUAGUAUACUAAGAAGCUAGCUAGAUACACUUAGGGUUUUCUAAAGCUAGUCAGCUUCAGGUAGGUUCACGUUCCAGCUCAGGCUUCAUCCCUAUUACGACGUUGGAUAUUGCUUGUCCGCCUGCCACUCACUCUAGCAGACUUGUAACUGUGCAUGCAUGUCACAGGUGGCUAGUCGAACACCGAACCCUUCAUUGAGACAGAGCUGACAUAAAUCCAUGGGCGAGUCAGUGCCACAUUUACAUUUUUCCCAAAAUCAACAUGAAAGAAAAGCUAUCUUGCAAAUUCAGCAGGUUAUGGUGUGAAAAAGGUCAUUAGAAGUGCGUGUGGUUAUCUCGAGUUGAACUCAGAGUUCGUAGUAUAGGUCUGUGGUUAGAAUCUACCACCCCUACAAGAUGAAAGUAUGACCUAGGUUAGAAUAGAAUAGGACCUCUGUCUAACAAACCCUUCUGUGUCUCUGACCCCAGGGCAGUGGAGCAGACGUCGGUCCACUCUGUCUAACAACCCUUCUGUGUCUCUGACUCCAGGGCAUUGGAGCAGACGUCGGUCCACCAUGUCUAACAACCCUUCUGUGUCUCUGACCCCAGGGCAGUGGAGCAGACGUCGGUCCACUCUAUCUAACAACCCUUCUGUGUCUCUGACCCCAGGGCAGUGGAGCAGACGUCGGUCCACCAUGUCUAACAACCCUUCUGUGUCUCUGACCCCAGGGCAGUGGAGCAGACGUCGGUCCACUCUGUCUAACAACCCUUCUGUGUCUCUGACCCCAGGGCAGUGGAGCAGACGUCGGUCCACUCUGUCUAACAACCCUUCUGUGUCUCUGACCCCAGGGCAGUGGAGCAGACGUCGGUCCACUCUGUCUAACAACCCUUCUGUGUCUCUGACCCCAGGGCAGUGGAGCAGACGUCGGUCCACUCUGUCUAACAACCCUUCUGUGUCUCUGACCCCAGGGCAGUGGAGCAGACGUCGGUCCACUCUGUCUAACAACCCCUCUGUGUCUCUGACCCCAGGGCAGUGGAGCAGACGUCGGUCCACUCUGUGCUGCGUAACUUCGGGCAGACAGUGAAGGUUCCUCCUAAUGUGUGUCAUAUCAUCCAUGUCAGAGUUCUCCUACGAGGAGGACUGACCAAGGAAGAGCUGCAUGAAGACAAGAGGGUCUGGGACUAUGAGAGACAACUAGUGCCUAAUGUUGAUAAAGCACUGGAGCAAGCAGGAAUACUAAUCUGAAGGAAGGAAGGAAGGAAGGAAG